UGUACAUUAGAGCAGUUCCUGCUGUUGCAACCGAUGCAUGAACUCACAGACAAGUCCGUUUGUCAUCAGCUAACAGAAACCAGCGUGACCGCAUAGCACGGAUGCACACAAGCCCUCCUACAUCAUUCCUGUCAGAUAUCCCCAAUACAUUUGUUGAAACGCUGGCGUUUCACAUCACUUGUGCUCGCGAGCGAAGCUGUAGUCAUGAGGGCUAAGCUGGAGAUCCUGGCCCUGGUGCUGGGCACCGUCGGUCUGAUCGGGACCAUCGCGACGACCGCGCUCCCCAUGUGGAAGGUCACGGCGUUUAUCGGGCCCAACCUCAUCGUCAUGGAGGCGCUGUGGGAGGGCUUGUGGAUGGCGUGCAUUCGGCAGGCGGACAUCCGGAUGCAGUGCAAGAUCUACGACUCUCUGCUCAUCCUGCCGGGAGACAUCCAGGCGGCCCGCGGGCUCAUGUGUGUGUCCAUCACGCUCGCCGUCCUCGCCGUCCUGGUGUCCGUCUGCGGGAUGAGGAGCACAGACUGCCUUCAGGACCACAGCAGGGGCAAGAACGUGAUCCUGCUGGUGGGCGGGUGUCUUUUCGUCGCGUCCGGCCUCGCCGCUCUCAUUCCCGUCUGCUGGUCCACUCAUUCCAUCAUACGAGACUUUUAUAACCCCAUGGUGUUGGAGUCGCAGAAGCGCGAGAUCGGACAGGCGCUGUACGUGGGCUUCGCCACGUUCCUGGUCCUCUUGGUGGCGGGGGUGAUCCUGCUGUGCCGUUACGCCCCUCGACAGAGGAAGGACGAGGAGGACGGGCCGUAUGUCCCGGUGGAAAUGAGCAUGUUGGGGCGGACUCCCUCUUCCAACUCUAACUGGAAGACUCAGUACGUCUGACAGAGACUAGUGAUUCAUUCAUUCAUUUAUGUGCGUCUUUUUAGUUGUUUUUUUACUUUUCGAGCUUUUGGUCUGAUAUGAAUCUUGUAAAGUCUCUGUGUUGAAUUCUGGAUAAUUAGAUUAAACUAAAUGCAUUCAGUCUAUAUGUAAUAUGAUAUGAUCAUAUAUUAUAUUUUUAAUAUAUUUUGGGUUGAAUUCAUUUAUUGUAGUUCUGUACUUGUAAGGAAAAACUGAGAAAAAAUGAGACUAAACAUUCUGUCAUGGUAAUCAUCUAAAAUACAUUAUUUGCAACAAAAAUAAAAAAAAUAAAAUAAAAUAAUAAUUUGAUUAUAAGAUUUACCCAGAAACUUUUAAACUUUUAUAUCUGAAUUGUUCAAUUAUGAAUAAGACUAAACUAGAUAAUUAUUCAAAUGCAUUAA